AUGGCAAUGACUCUGAAUUUUAACUAUGACACAGAAAACCAGGUGCUUUUUACAGGAAACUCUUCUGUAAAAUAUGUGAUAUUAAAUAGGCCUGGCAAGCUGAAUACCCUUAACCAUGUAAUGGUUUCUCAAAUUUUAAAGAAUCUAAGAUUGUAUGAGAAUGACUUUUCAAUCAAACUUGUGAUAUUGAAGGCUAAUGGAAAAGCAUUUUCAGCUGGUGGUGAUAUAGUGUCACUGAUUACAUCUUCACUGGCAGGACAUUGGACCUAUCCUCUAAGCUUUUACAGGAAACUACUCAUGUUGAACCAUUUACUUGUUACCUGCAAAAAACCUAUUGUGUCACUAAUUAAUGGAGUGGCCAUAGGAGGAGGAGCGGCUCUUUCCAUGAGGGCAACCUUUAGAGUUGUGACAGAAAAUGCUGUAUGCUUCUCUUUCCAAAACAAAAUUGUAACUGCCAUUGAAACUUUUAUUAGCAUCCUUUAUAAGAGAUUGAAAUAG